AUGAGGUCUGUCUUCGACCCCGACGACGACUUCGCCUUGGCGCAGGAGGACGAAGGCCUCGGACGGCGGCUGUCGGCGCUCUCCAACAAUUCCAAGCACGCCUUCACUCUUAACCAGGUGCAGCGCGUCAAGGUCUGCGCAACGUACGACCGCGAGGAUGAGGGCGGCGCUACCGUGUACGUGCUUGACGUGUACCUGCAGUACGUCCAGCGGGGGCUGCCGACAACCCCAGGAGAGACCAAGAGCGAGCGACGGUCGAGACUCGAGCAGGAGAAGGAGGAGGCGGAGCCGGAAUACCAGGUAGAGCACCGCUAUUCGGCCUUUCGAGAGCUCCGGAAGCGGAUCGCCAAGAUCGUGCACGACCGCGAACCCUUGAGGUGGUGCGCCUACUGCAGCCGCGUGACGUGGAUCGCAUCGGUUGAGAGCUUCCCGUCGAGGUUCCCGAAUCGAGGGAGCUGGGCGCAGUGGACGGGGUGGCGGAGAUUGCAGGUUCACAUGAGGAAGAGGAAGCUCCAACGCUUUGUCAACCAACUGCUACGUUGCGCGAAGGACUUGUCGUACAGGAGAGGAGGGGGCCAGUGUCAGAGGUUUAUAGAGGUCUCACAGAUACUCAACACCUUCCUCAUGGACCCCGACCUGCGGCCGGAAGGCUGUGUGUGGUGA